CAAUCUGCCGACUAAUCGUCACAAGCACUCUACUCGAUUUCGUUCGAGCUGAAUCAUAUCCCUAACCGUUAUCUCAAAAAUUUUCGCUUUGCAACGAUACAACCUGAACACCUAGUAUUCCUAUAAAUAAACUUAUUCAAUCGAUACAAGCUCAGUAUCUCUAAAACUUCGAAAUCAAGAUGAAGAUCAUCGGUUUUCUCGGUAUUUGCCUGGUCCUUCUGACCGGGAUUGAGUGCGCCAAAAUACUGGGUGUUUUUCAUGUGCCCGGCAAAAGUCACUACAUGGCCGGUAGUACCAUGAUGAAGAUUCUCGCUGAAAAGGGGCAUGAUGUUACAGUGGUGGCGGCUUUCAAGGAGAAAAAUCCGCCUAAGAACUACCGGCAGAUAUAUUUAGAUGGGUUGUUCGAAGAGGCUCAACGUUACACUGUGAAUUACUUCGAGAUGAAUUCUUACUCAGUUCUACUACCAAUAGUAUUCCACUUCAUAAGCAACAGCUUCCAAGAUAUGGCUUUCAAUCACACCAACUUCAAAGAGUUCAUGAAGACGAACGAAAAAUUUGACGCUGUCAUCGUAGAAGAGUUUGCAUCUGAAGCUAUGAAAUACGUUGCACGUCAUUUCAACGCACCUCUCAUUGUAUACAACCCCAUGGAUGCUAACGAAUGGACCAACCGUUACCAGGGAAACCCAGAACCUAUUUCAUAUGUCCCAACUUUGGCACACCUUACAAACCAUAUGACAUUCUUGGAACGAGUGGAAAACACGAUAUUCUACAUUUACUCCAACUUGUUCUUCAACUUGGUAUCCCUACCUGCUCAGAACAGAAUGUUACAUAAUUACUACCCAGAUGCUCCACAUAUAUCAGACAUAGCCUACAACGUUUCCUUGGUUCUGCUGAAUUCAGAUCCAAGCGUGCAUGAUCCUCUUCCCAAAGUGCCAAGCAUGAAAGACAUUGGUGGUUUCCACAUAAGAAAGCCCAAACCUUUGCCUGAAUAUCUGCAAAAAAUCUUGGACAACGCAAAACAUGGAGUUAUUUAUUUCAGUUUGGGUUCCAAUGUGAAGAGCAAAGAUAUGCCCAAAAAAACGAGAGAUUUCAUACUCAGGAAGUUUUCCAAACUCAAAGAGACCAUCAUCUGGAAAUUUGAAGAUACUGAUCUGCCUGGCAAGCCUGACAAUGUCAUCAUCAGUAACUGGCUACCACAAAAUGACAUUUUCGCUCACAAGAACGUAAAGUUGUUCAUCUCACAUGGAGGUCUCUUCAGUACAAUGGAGGCUGUUUACCACGGCUUACCUGUUAUGGCCUUAUCCAUAUUCGCUGAGCAAGAACUUAACGGAAAAAGAGCUGAAGCAAAUGGAUUCGCCAGACACCUUCCCUUCAAACAAAUAACUGAAGAUAGUUUCGGUGAAAUACUAGAUGAAUUGCUGGAGAAUCCAAAGUACCGAGAGAAUGCUAAGACGAGAUCAAGAAUCAUGAAGGACAAGCCUAUGGAACCAGCUGAUGCAGUAAAUUAUUGGGUGGAGUAUGUAGUGAGGAACAAGGGUGCCCAACACCUAAGGGUGGCAGCUUUAGACUUGGAAUGGUACCAAUAUAUGCUGAUAGAUGUCGUUCUCUUCAUUUUAGCAAUAACUGCCUCAGCAGUUUUUGGCUUAAGGUUUUUAAUCAAACUCUACUCUAAGAAGAAGCAAACUUCCAAGUCGAAAGAGAAGAAGAAUUGAAGUUGCAACUAAAAUAUGAUCAGCAUGCUGAAUCAUGCACUUCUAAAAAAUCAAAGUCUUUCAACAUACAUUUAUAUGUAUAUUGUUUCAUGAAGUAUUUAUUUGAGAUACGAGUAUUGUCUACAAUAGAUAACAAUUAUUCACUUGUGAUCAUUUAUUUCGAUUAGCAAUUAAGGGUAUCAUUGAUACGAAAUAUUUUUAUGAAAAAAAUAUUACAUAAUAGUACAAUCUA